UUCUCAACUCCGCCCACUAUCCUUCCCGGUUUCAUUCUCUGUUUCUUUCGCUUCUCUGAGAAAACCAAGGAGGCUACCUCCCCUCUCUUCUUCACCGAUUCAGGCGGACAUAGCCAUCGGCAAAUGCAGAAAGACGCCUCGUACGCCGCCGAUGGCGUCAGGGAUGCCGCCGUUUCAUCGCCUCCCCGAUCACAAGAUCAGCAGGUAUUGUCAACACCUCAAAAGCAACCCAACGGCAGUGGUCUUACCUCACUCUACUCCAUCUUCUCUCCGGAAACAUCUCCCUCGAACUCGGUUCCACUAAGUCCCUCCGGUUGCUCCUGCGAUGGAGACAACAAUAACAACGCAAUCGCCACAGAAAAUCGCCUCUAUCUCGCCGGUCUCACCUUAGAAUUCCAACAACUGGUCAAUCGCUACGGCAUAUGUCUCAAUCGCCUCCAAGAAAUCACCAAUGAAGUCGAAGCUCUUCGUGAGGAGAAUGCCAAACUUCGAUUGACCAACAAAGAUCUCACUAUGCGUUUGAACCUCUUGACUCAGGCGUCGCUCCAGAAUUUAUAUGUUCCCUCUGCUCUUCCAUCUCUGUCGAUCAUUGACGAUUUCCGCCGUCUCUAUGUUGGAGAUAACGUGCGUAACAGUGGCAUUUCAGGCGAAAUUUCGGAUUCUAGUCCGACGAGUGUUAUCGGGAGUAAUCAAUUCGAAAUGAGCACUGACCGCGUUUCAUUGCCUAAGAGUAUCUCCAUUCGUUCGAGUGGUUACUUGAAGAUGAAUCACGCUGCCGGGAGCAGCGGUGGUUCCACUCGCACCAAUCGUCUUCGCGUUGCGAGCCCGGUCCUCAGUGGAACGCAGCGUGUUUUUGUGCCCGGAGAGAAGAAAGAGGAAGAAGCGCUGGAGUUCGAGGUCUAUAACCAAGGGAUGUUCAAGACGGAGCUUUGCAAUAAGUGGCAGCAGACUGGUACGUGUCCGUAUGGGGAGAACUGCCAGUUUGCUCACGGUAUCAGUGAACUCCGCCCGGUUAUUCGCCACCCGCGCUACAAGACUGAAGUCUGCCGGAUGGUGCUCGCCGGCGAUACAUGUCCGUACGGUCACCGCUGCCAUUUUCGGCAUGCACUCACUGACCACGAGAAGUUCAUGGGUCCCAUAUAGUGAAGACUGAUUGAUUCAAUGCCUGCCAACUGCGGCCGAGAUUAUUUUGAUGAUAAUGUUUAGAGGGAGAGAUAGAAAACAGGGAGCAGGGGACGUAGGAUAAGUUGCGAUGUAUAUACUAUAUACAGAUCAAUUCAAUAAUAAUAAGAAAAAUAAAAAAUAAAAGACACCAUUAAAUAAUAAUAAUAACAAUAAAAUUAGUAUUAAGAAGUAUAAGUAUGAUAAUCAGUGAGGAGCAGGGUUGGACAAUCUCGGGGGUAAUCAGUUGCGGAAUGAUGAACCGGAGAUGAAUAAGUUUUUUUUUAUCUGUUUUUUUUUUUUUUUAGGGGGGGGGUGAGGGGUUUGGUAGCUGCUUCUGACAGGGCACGCCAGAUGCGUCAUCUGCUGCUGCUCGUUUCUUCUCGUAUUUGAUAUCUGGGAGAUCAUCAAACGAACCAAACCGGAAUUUUGUAAUCAUGAUAUUUGAUACCGGCACUGUACGCAAUAUUCGAUUGGACUUGGAGUUAUCAUUCAUGAGUCAUGAGCACGACCAAACACUCUCUCUCUCUCUCUCG